UGCCGAUCAGUGCCACGUGCCAGUGCCUAUUAGUGCCACAUCAAUGCCGCAUACCAGUGCACAUCAAUGCCACAUAUUAGUGCCCAUCUGAGCUGCCUUUCAGUGUCAUCCAUCAGUGCCAGUCAGUGCCACCUAUCAAUGCCAAUCAGUGCCACCUAUCAGUGCUGCCAAUCAGUGCCACCUAUCAGUGCCAGUCAGUGCCGCCCAUCAGUGCCAUCAGUGCCCGCCCAACAGUGCCAGUCAGUGCCGCCUAUCAGUGCCAUGUAUCAGUGCUGCCUUUCAGUGCCCAUCAGUGAUGCCUGUCAAUGCCCAUCAGUGCCACCUACCAGUACCUCCUCAUCAGUGCCACCUAUCAGUGUCCAUCAGUGCAGUCUAUCAGUGCCCAUCACUGCAGCCUCGUUAGCGCACAUCAGUGAAGGAGAAAAAUCACUUAUUUACAAAAUUUUAUAA